CUCCCCCUUUUUCUUGAAGCCUCGCCUCGAGGUUGCUAGGUACCUAGGUAGGUAUAAAAAGUAUAAGACGUAGCAACAUUGAACAUCAACUGGUUUCGAUAAAACAAUUUGCACGGCUACCUACGCUAGGUACAAAAAUAAACUCUACCUGACAGUUAUUCUUUAUUUUAAGCCAUUUGCCAUUCUCUCUCGAUAGUAAUUCUUUACCAUGAGUUCGGAGCAAGAGGUCCUUUCCGGACCCCCAGCCCCUGAGCUCCUAGAUGACCGGAUUUGGGUUGAUGGGUGCUGGGAUUUCUUCCAUCACGGCCACGCAGGCGCUAUGCUGCAGGCACGCCAACUCGGUACGGAGCUGUACGUCGGCGUGCAUUCCGACGAGGCCAUCCUAGAAAAUAAGGGCCCGACGGUAAUGAAUCUUCGAGAACGACUUGCCGCAGUAGAUGCCUGUCGCUGGGUUACUCGCUCUGUUGCAUAUGCACCGUACGUUACGCAGCUGGAUUUCAUAAGUCACUUCGGCUGCAAGUAUGUGGUGCACGGCGACGAUAUUACGUCCGACAGCAGCGGCGAGGACUGUUACCGCUUUGUGAAAGCCGCAGGUCGAUUCAAAGUUGUUAAGCGCACGCCUAGUAUAUCGACCACCGACCUUGUCGGCCGUAUGCUGCUAUGCACUAGGACGCACUUCAUCAAGUCCUUAGAAAAGGUUCUCAAUGGCCAAGAGGGCAGUGGCACCGAAGCCGAGAGGAAAUCGGAAGGGGAAGCUAUGUUAAACCGAAUUCGCCAAUACGCAACCGACGAGUCUGGAAAGAAUCCUGGCGCGGACGUCUACUUUUGGUCAGCUUCUACUGCCGCUAAGACGGAAGCUACGGAAGAGGAUGGCUCGUUCCGUCCGUUGUUGAAGGGACCCAGCCCGAAACCUGGCCAGAGAGUUGUCUACGUUGACGGUGGUUUCGAUUUGUUUUCUAGUGGGCAUAUCGAAUUUCUACGUCAAGUCGUUCUUGCCGAGGAGAGACUAGCCAAAAAGGAGGGAUGGUAUGAUCAGCAAGCCGUUGAUGAGCGCGUCGGCAAAGGCGCGGAUUAUGGCCCUGUUUUUGUUGUUGCUGGAGUCCAUGAUGACGAGGUUAUCAACUACUGGAAAGGAGUCAACUAUCCGAUCAUGAAUAUCUAUGAGCGAGGUCUAUGCGUGCUCCAAUGUAGAUAUGUCAACGCCGUUAUCUUGGGCGCUCCCUUCUCACCGACCAAAUCUUACCUCACGAGAUCUCCCUGGGGCACCCCUGACGCCGUAUACCACGGACCAACAGCGUUCAUGCCGCUCUCAUACGACCCUUACAUAGUGCCAAAAGAGAUGGGCAUCUUCCAGGAGGUUCAAAGCCACGAAUUUCAGGAUGUAAACGCGGGUACCAUUGUACAGCGUAUUAUGAGGAGCAGGGACCUCUAUGAAGAGCGCCAGAGAAAGAAGGGUAUAAAGGCCACAGGUGAGGCCGCGCACCGGCAGAGGGAGAUUUUGGAGGAGGAACAGCGGCGCAAAGAAGAGAAAAUGACUUCUUCCACGUAGAGUGGUAUUAGACAACGGGCAGAUUGCAUUGUAUGCGAUACAUAAGUGAUCAAUAGAAGAACAGGUAUGUAUAAAGCCAUAGUAACUUAAUAAACGUUGGGUACCUGUCCUGGCCGGAGAGAAUCAUAGCGAGUCGCUUUUUCAUAGAAGCUAGAUAGAUCUCAUGGUUACAUCAAGUAUCUUUUCUUACUAAAUCACUCUAGUUAUUUUCUAUCCAUCUAUUUUGACAUUAGCAUGCGAAUUGGGACAGCUUGGAGCACAUAUUUCGUCGUAUAGUCUGAAAUAAGACAACUUGAUAUUACAAUACAUACCUGUUUCCACUCGAUAAUAC